AUGGACUCUUCUUCAACAGUUUCGCGCAGAGUUGGCUCCCGCCAACUCUGCGCCGGCCUCGUUUUGAUGACUCAGGUCGCGGCGGCCGUGUACGUGCCUCCUACGUCAGUCUAUACUGCCACAGGCACUAGUGGCUCCGCCUCCGGAAACCCCGCGAGCGCCGGAGGAGGUCCGUAUAAUCCCAACGGCUUCGCGGCUCCUAGCGCACCGCAGUUCCCGCCUGCAGGCGCGCCAUACGUCUUCAGCUACAUGCAGCAGGCGCCGGGCUGGAGACAUGCCCCGACGGGAUAUUACCCGGGCAACGGAGCUGGGAACUAUGUAAAAGGCGCGUAUGGCGUCGGAAGCGGCGGCGCUAACACGAUGCCAGAAGAGGAAGCCUUUGAGGUGGGUCGCCGAAAAGACGCAGAGCCCGCGGGCGGCGGCCGGGGUCUCGAGUCUGGAAUGGCGGUGCAUGACCACGCCGGCGACGACACACACCGGCGGAUGUUCAAGGAGGCCGUACUGCGUCCCAAGACCCACAAGAAGAAGAAGAGAGACGUGGAUGGGUCGUAUUCCGAGGAUAUCUCGUACGUGGACGAGAAGCUGCUCGAACUGCGCCUGUCUGACGGCCGCCAGCUGCCCUCGGUUCGAGGCAUCAAAACGAUGCUUGCAGCGGGAGCCCUGUACGGUCUGAAUUUCCUCAGCUUGCCGGCGGCGCUGAUGAUCGCCGGCUUGGGAGGGUACAGAUACUUGAAAAGCAGAGAGCAACGCGAAAACGCUGCGACCGCUAAGGGCAGUCUGCGCGUUUCGCAGCGGCUGCCAAGGAACUAA